CAACAACAACAAUAACAACGACCCCCUCUCACACCGUCAACAGACGUCAUGAGCGAGCUAUACGACGACGCACAGCUCUUAUCCCGUGGGGCAGAGGCUAGCACCGCCUCGGACCCCAACACGGACGCCGCCAGCGCGGCACUCGACACGCUCUUCUCCAGCGCCGCCCAAGGAAACUACAACCUCGAGAUCGCCAUUGACCCGUCCCUGUCAAACUCUGCUCCGGCCGCGGUGACGGCAAAUGAUCAAGCUGCGUCUACCGCCGACCAACCAGCGUCCAACAAUGGGACCCCACCGGCGUCGACCGGACCCAUCAAGGCAAAAGGCACCUCGCGUGCCAACAUGCUCGCACGUGGCGGCGCCUGCGAGUUUUGCAAGCGUCGCAAACUGCGCUGUUCUGCCGAGGUCCCGUCCUGUGCGAGCUGUCGCCGCACUGGACGCGACUGCGUCUACUCGCAAAAGAAGCAGCGGUCCCGUGUGCGUGUGCUCGAGGACAAGCUCGCCGACCUCGAGCGGAGACUGGAAAAGGGCCCCGGUUCCGGGCCUGCGUCAGCUGAGAGCAGCACGGCUGUGGGGUCGUCUGCCGCUCCGCCACACUUCAUCUCGCCAGACUCUGUACACACCGCCACACCGCCUACCGGCGUCGACCUCUUCCCUCUCGGCCUGGACUCGGCGUCCCUCUCAAUCCAAGACUUGGGUUUCGCGGCGGCGAGCACCAAGCGUGCAGAGCCGGACCUGAUGACCCUGGCCGAUGCCGCUGCUAUCGAUACAGAUGGGGACCCAUUCCAGGGUCUCGACCCGGCCACUGUUGCGACCGAGCUUGUCCGGGCGGUUAUCGAGAACCAAAAGGGAGGGUGGGGAGAGAAGAUUAUGGCGCAUCUUCUCCAGCUCUACUCGCAGCCUCCGCCACUACGAAUGUUGCACUGGCUGAUGCCACCGACAACCUUCUUUGCGCGCAUCAAUGGCCACAGCCAGUCGCCUCCGCCACAUCCCGCCUUUAUUGCGGCCAUCGUCCCGCCCCUUCUCACAAUCUCACCAAGCUCCAUCUUGUCAUCACGCGCGACAGUGGCCGCCGUCACCGACGCGCUCAUGCCUCCGUCGCGCGCACUCGCUCAGCACGCCUUGACCAACCUCGACCCCCGUUUACUCGACUUGGUCGCUGCCGCCGCUCUGCGAUCCGUUAUUCUCGCCAUGACCGGACGCUUUGUCGACUCGUGGAAUGAAAACGCAACGUGCGUGUCGCUGGCUUGGGCUGCAGGCCUCGGCAAGCUUGGUGGUGUGGCAGAGUCGUUUGUGCCUUCUACCUCUCGACCAGCCGACCGUGCCCAGCGGGUCGCCCGCGAAAAGCGACUUCGCCACGUCCGUCUCAAGGGGCAGAUUACAGCUCCGGCGCGCAACGCCCAGGACGUGGCCGAGAGGAUUCAGCUCUUCUGGUGCGUAUACCUCGUCGACAAGUCGAAUGCAGUGGGAUGGAACUGGCCAUCCGCCAUCAUCGACGACGAGAUCACCACGCCUCUCCCGCAAACCAGCUAUGACACCGUGUCCGCGUUGUGUGACAACACGACCCUCGAAGACUUCUUGUCGGGCAGGGUUGUUGGCGGUGAAGAUGACGGUCCCCUCUGUCGACAGGUCAAGUACAUUGCGCUUGUUCACGCGGCGUCGAGGCAACUCGACACCCCGGUCAGCGUUGCCACCCCUGCGCGCACCGCACACCUGUUGAGAAUAACCAAAAAGUACAUGGCCACUCUCCGUCCAUGGAAGCCGGCGUCUCGUGAGGAGGCCAUUGCCGAGACGGUCAAGAACGAGACGUGGAUGGGUUUGCACAUCACCCUCCUGAUGCUCUACAUCCACCAGGAAAUCGACGCCCUGUCAGAAGAUGAAGAGAUUGAAGCUCGCGACAAGGCGAUUGAGGCAGGGCUCAAAAUGUGCAGCUGCUUUGACACAGCCUUUGCUGCUGGCGACACGGAGCUGGCCCGCUACGACCUCAUCGCCCUGUUCCUCUGGUACAUUACCGGACGCGCAUUCCUGAGCUUUUCUGAACAGUUGCGCACCUCGGACCCCAAGCGCUCGGCCGAGAUUCGCUCAAAGAUAGACCUCGUCGUGGACGCGACUCACAAAAUGUCCAAACGCUUGAAGCUCGCCGAGGUGCACGAGUUGCAGCUGCAAAAUGUCAUUCUCGGGACGGAGACCAUGAUUGGCGAGUGGCAGCGGCCCGACAAUCUCGACCUGUAGUGCGAGCAGCUCGAAAAACAUGUAUGGGGUUAUAUGCAGAGUGGCGGCAGGGGCAGCGGCGCGCCAAGCAGGGAUGAGUCACACAUGGUGAUAAGGGUGAUGUUACAAAUGUAUCAAAA